AAUUUCCGCGAGACCUUCGCCGAGGAAUGCAAGGAAUCUCUUGAGGUGGACGCAGUUCUCUCUAAACUCUUCACUCUCAUCGACCCUCUACGCACACAAUCCAUUGAUUUUCUGCGCGAGCUUGAGUCCCGUUUCCUUGCCUGGUCCUCACGUCUGGAGAAUGCAUCUCGACAUCGACAUGUCUCCUGUUCCUCCUCAACUGCACCCACUUCUGCUUCCGCAGCCUCCACAGCUGGAUCUGCUGCUGGAUCAACGGGUUCGGGCUCGGGUUCGUCAGCAGAUGUAAGGGGAGGUGGAGAUGCGUCUAUUUCUCCCACAGCUCAGGUCAGGAUUGGCGACCUCUUUGUCACUAAUCUCAAAAUGCUCCAGCUCUACCGUUCCUACCUUCGAGAAAACGAGAGCCUUAUAGCCGAAAUAGAGCGUCUUAAUCGGAAUCGGCCUACCUUCCAAUCAAAAAUGCAAUAUUUCGAAUCCCAGAAGUCUAGCUAUCUGCCCUUCUAUGCUUUCCUCCUCAAACCCAUGCACUGUCUUCUCCAGUAUCGUUCAGUUCUCGAACGACUCAUGCGGCAUUACAGCGAGUCUAAUCUCGAUAUGCAAGACUGCCGAGUUGCUCACGCGCGUCUCCUAGACACAAUCCAAUCUCAAUGGGACGGUUACAAGCGCUGCGAGAAUUUCUAUAAGUCCCUCGAAGUAGAGCGGGAUCUCGUCGGGAUUCAACAGAUCUCCUUCAACGAGACUGGAGACGAGAAGGGCUGGUUGGCCUCUCGAAAUCGCCAAUUCAUUCGAGAGGGUCUCCUUCAAAAACUCUCCAAAAAGGGCUACCAACAGCGCAUGUUCUUCCUCUUCUCUGAUCAACUCAUAUACGCUAGCAGAACAAACUCUUCCUAUCUCCAGUUCAAGGUGCAUGGCCAAUUCCCACUACAGGACCUGAUGGUAGAAGAGGCUGAAUCGACAAUGAGUUUUACGGUGUACUCGGGGAAUCGUUGCUUUAUUGUGGCAGCACCAUCUGAAUGGCAACGUGACCGGUGGCUGGAGGACAUUUCUCGCGCCAUUCUCGCUGCCAAGACAACCGCAUCCCUUCCUCCACCUCCUCCCGCUUCUGCUGCCUCAGCCCUUCUUGGUGGUCUCUCAACGAAUUCUACCAUCCUUGAUGAAGACGACGACGCUAAGUCAGAACGAUCUGAGGUUUCAAAUAGUCAAUCUUCUAAUCAUGACACAGGAAAAAUUCUUCACAGAGCGACAACCAGUGUGCAUGUCUGUUGGCACAGAAGUUCCACUUUCUCAAUGUCCGAUAUUCUUCGAGCUAAUGAGUAUCAAACGAGUGGUUAUCUACUCCGAAAAUUCAAGAACAGCAACGGGUGGCAGAAGCUUUGGGUGGUUUUCACUCAGCUCUGUCUUUUCUUCCACAAGAGCUAUCAAGAUGCCUUCCCACUGGCUAGUCUGCCUCUUCUUGGCUACAACAUAACCAUCCCAUCUCCAGAAGACAACAUCCGGAAGGAAUUUGUCUUCAAACUCCAAUUCAAAAAUCAUGUCUACUUCUUCCGUGAUGACAGCCAAACAUCUUUCGAAAGGUGGUUUGAUUGCCUGAGUAGUGCUGCCGGAACGAGCUCCCGACAGCGAUUGAUUAGUUCGCGUCACAACGUCACAUCGACGACAACGUCAGCUACCUCUACUGCUGACGUUUCGACCUCCAUUGAUAAAAACAGAAGGUGA